GCCGAAUCAAUCAGGAGUGCGAGAAUGGCGAAAGUCCACACCACGGUCGUGCCAGCCCGUCAGGCGUACCCCACGCGAUUCAAUCGCCUUUCACUCGUGUAUAGCACGGUGUUCACGUUGAAGCUAGUCAUCACCCCAUUUCUAGCGUACUUGACAGAGCCUUUUCCAUGGACCAUUCCACCUAUGAUACACCCUGCAUGGAAUGCUACGUCAAAGGCGGAAGCAAGUCGAUUGACGGCGGUCUACCUCCAGUCGAUAUACAACAACCAAACUAUGCUACCGACCACGGUGUGCUACCGCGACGUCACGACAAACUCCAACAUGUUGAGGCUCCUGCGCCCCGUUCCACCGUCCGCGUCAGAGUGCAUGCAAUACUUGAUGUGUCUCCCAGGGGCUGGGCUUUAUACAGAAGGCAUGCGUGAGUUGGUGUGCAGUUUUCUCUCGGAAUCCGAACAAGGCCGGGCGCGCAUGUCAUGGCAGCAUUGCGAUCACGUUCUCAUGGCGGGGCUGCCAAUGGGGGACUAUUGUCUCUGGUUUGAAGCUACGGGCAAACCGACCGACUUCAUGGUGUACCAUGCCUUGCUUAUUUGGGAAGACCCAGUGUUGAGCUGGUGCAAACUCGUGUAUCGAUGCGUCCUUGCCACGUAUAUCGUGCGCGUGCUGUGGCGACGCUAUUACAGCCACUAUCAUGUCUUGCUACGAAACCUGGAAACCCUCGGGUGGGCUAACGCCGACCGAGGAGGGACGGCGCCGUCCUUUUCCGCAUUUGAAGUCAUCGUGGGUGACCCUACCUACAUGGUGCUUAGCGAUCCGUUCGUGUCGAUAGCCAUGAUGACUGAUAUUUGGAUGGGGCUGCCGUACCUGGCUAUUGCGACCGAGCGCACGAGCCAGAUCACUGACGUUUGGAAUUUUGUUCUUGGAUGCAUGUACAGCGCCCGCUAUGUGUGGGCCGGGUACCUGAUGAUGUGGAUCGUGUCCAAGGUAGUCCAGCGCCAUGGAUGGGAGCGGUCGUUCCAGCCCGUCGAGCCGGCGCAUAUGGCGAUGCUCGCGUACAUGUACGGCGGUCCGUUGGUGCUCCUCAUGAACAACUCGGCUUUGAUGGUUCCCAUUCACGCGUUGAUUGACCUGUCAGUUCAUGACCGCGAAGGCAUGUUUGACGCGAUACCAGGCUGUAUAUACUGGACGACAAUCAUGGCAGUUGUCCCGGUGGUCACGUCAACGAGCUGGAAGCUCUGGCGCCGCUGUCGACGCGUCAGGGGGACCGCCCAUGACUUGCAAGCAACUAGUUUGUGCAGGCGGCGUUACUGCCCGCGACUGUACAACGACUGGAAGUCUCGAUGUGUCCUCGCGGUGGCCUUGCGCAGGGUGCCACGGACGGUUCGCGUAGAGGGCGGGAGGUUGUAUUCGUUCCUCGAGCACCAGCCACGCUUUCGCCGCAUGCCAUUGUUCAGCCAUCGCGGCGCCGAUAGCAUCGUUCUUGCGUUUGUGGCCGACAGAACUGUAGCACGCCAAUUCCGCCUGACUUUUCGGGGCUGUCUCGCGCUGGAUGGAUCGACUGCCGUCGACGUCGAGGGUAUCACCGCCUGCGCCACCGCAGUACCAGCUACGUUUUGCACGCUCAGCAGCGUCAAGUGUCCGUCAUGUCCACCCACGCCGUUUGAAGGACCACAUCGGUUGUACCUUCACAAGGGAGCUAACGAUUGCCAAUGGAUGCUCUAUCCCGACGGCAAUGCACCCCGAGAAGUAGCACAAGAAUGACGAGAUGCAUCCUGAUACAACGGGAAAAGGUCGAUUGUAUCGAUAGAGCGCUGUGCAAAGGAUGCACAAACAGGUAGGAGUCGUCAAUUUGCUCGUCCAUGCAAACGAGUCUUUCCCCGGACAAUCCAACUCCACCGAAGCUGCUGCCACUGCGACCUUCAUCUGCGGCGAUUCUGGCGCUGUGCUCAAUGCAUUGCCGAACGAUGCGUACCGAAAACCACCGU